AUGUCCGUGAUGCAAGAUAGGGAGUCGUAUGUACCUAGGAUGGGGCGAAAGAGAAAAAGAUUAGUGAUCUUACAAUAUAGUAUAAUAGCUGUGAGGGGUAACAAGUGGCAAAACAAGCCUAAGUCUAUGAUGCAAAUUGAGGACUCGUCCAAUGAUGAUGGCAUCAAAGAUGACGGUAGUCCACCUAUGUCCGUGAUGCAAAAUGGGAAGUCGUAUGUGCCUAGGAUGAGGCAAAAGAGAAUAAGAUUAGUGAUCUUACAAUAUAAUGUAAUAGCCGUGAAGAGUAACAAGUGCAUCAAAGACAAUGAUAGUCUGCCUAUGUCCGUGAUGCAAGAUGUGAAGUCGCAAGACAAGCCUAAGUCUAUGGCACAAACUGAGGACUUAUCUAAUAAUGAUAGUACCAAAGAUAACGGUAGUCUGCCUACGUCCGUGAUGCAAGAUGGGAAGUCAUAUAUGUCUAGGAUGGG